AUGGCUUCACAGCGGAACCGGGUCAAAAGGAAUGGCCGUUCUCGUAAUCAAAAAGCUGCAUCAAUUGUCGACGAAUUCAUCACAGCAAAGCUUACACCAAGAAAACACAAGAUCUUGCAGACAGCCCCUAUCAGCGCGUCAGGAUCCGAGAAAGCUUGUAGAAAAUUGCUUGCAGAUGCUGGAAUAGCGAAGGUUGCAGAAAAUAGGAGGGAAAGGCAGAUAAAGGAACUCAAAUACACCGCUAGAAUCGAGGCAUUAAAGCACUCCAUACUUGCCACGAACAGAUCAUUCCGUGAUAGGGAAGGGGUUAGCAUAUCUGAAUAUCAAUACAAUGGACAUCUGGGAGAUGGAUGCUCAUGUGCCGAUCUCCCAGUGGGCUGGAAACGAGAUGUUCUCAGUAUCUGUCAGUCUACCAGACAGUGCCUGAAAGAUAGUAUUGUCAUAAAAUCACGCAAGACGAAAUUCCUCUAUCCUCAGGCACCGAAGCCCAUCUUUGCAGUCCACUUCAAAUCUUUCUUUGAGCCGCUGCCUCUUUGUGAUGGUGUUCUACACAUCAGUCAACACAUGAGUCCGGAAUUAGUUCAUCACCGCUGGCAAGGUACCUCAGAGGUGGAUGCGCCUUUGUGGGUUUCUGAGGGUUGGUGGAUCUUAGCAAACGACGGUGCUGGGUCUCACAAGGAGAUGGUCAAUUUUGAGGUCGUUCCGCAUGCAAUUGGACUCCGUAUGGCACGCGAAAGUUCUGAAUAUGGCGGGUACCCCAUCGGAGGUUGGGCAACUAUAUCUUACAACAUACUGAUGGACGGCUUGAUUCAAGCUCUCCAAGACUAUCUUACCAAGUACCUUACAGCCGUGCAGACUAACCCUGCCUACUGCCUUCAAGUCGACCUCCCUAGGGACCAGCACGUCCCUGUCUCAGAUCCCUCAGGCCCGUGGGACAAUCUCGAAAUGAUGCUAUUGGGCUCACGCAUGGCAUGUCUGGAUCCUGAGCAUGAUGUACUGAGCGAUGCUGGAGCAUUCAUCAAGGGGAUGAGCCUUAGUUUAAAGUUUGAGGCGAUGUUUUCAAGUGCUUGCGCAUCUCUACCUGGUCCAUCUCGAGCACAUUAG